AUGAAGAGAACUUUGAUUAUCCAUGAGCUUAGACCUGAUUACAGAAACACACCAGACAAAGAUAUACUACUGUCAGUAAAGAUUAUUCAACCCGAUACAAAAAUUAUUAAUAAUAUUCCACCAGCAAAAUUUGCAAGAUUAAUUGAAUAUGAGAGCAACAAUCAACCAACACAGUUUGAAUAUGAUGUUGAAAAGAAUACACUCUUGAAUGUUGAGGUUUAUGCAACAGCAGAUACAGAAACAAAAUCAAAAGUUCGAAAAUCUAAAUUAGAUCAAGUUCAAGAGCCAGCUCUUAUUGGAACCGGCCAAAUUAACUUAGCUCUUAAAGUUUCAAAGAAUAUUAUUGAUAUUUUGCCCACAAGAAAACCAAAAAUUCCAAGAAUCGUUAAAACCGACUUACAUUCAAUACCUCAAUGGAGACGUCCUAGUGAUUACAAGAGUCUAAAAGAGACAGAAAGCAAAAAGGAGAAGACAGAAGAACCAGAAGGAGAAGUAGAUUUGGACAAACUUGCCGAAGAGACUCAAAAUAAGAAAAUUGCAGAGUUAAAUGACAGUUUAGAUUAUACUUUUGUAGAUUUCAGCGCAAAAUUAGUUAUUUCCAUAAAUACAAAUCCAAAUGGAUCUACAGCACGAUCUAAGCUCGAUAGAACCGAGAAUUCGAUCAUCAAAACAAAGGAACAAGCUAAGCAAGAAGAAGAGCAACAGAAAAUCGAAGAAGCCAAAGAAAUUGCCAAACAAGAAGCAGUUAGAAAAUACAGAGAUUUCAUUAAGAAAGAAUACAUGUGCAUGAUAGACAAUAAGCGCCAAAUCGCAAAGAUUAAGGCAGAUGACCAAAGAAACCAAAAAUAUUAUGAGGAAGAAGAAGAUUAUUAUUCAGUCCAUUAUGAAGAGGAAGAAGUUAGAGAGCCACCUCCUCCACCUCCUAGAAAACAAUCUUCUAGUUCAAGAUCAAGUAAUAAGAAAUAA